CACCCAAAAUAGGCAACCAUGAGUUGGCUCCGGACAACCAGCCUCUCGCUUGCUCGCCAGCUCUCGAGGACCCUCGACCCUCGACACGACUACGAGCCACAUGCCUGCUACGUGUCAUUUUGCAAGCACUGGCAACAGGCACACGAUAUUAUACUUAAAUCUCAACCAACCCACCUACACGACGAUGUCCUAGGCGUAGUGAAUCACCUGGAACAGCUCUCCACCUUGCUAGUACUCGAGGCUAAAGCGAGGGAGAUCAACACUGCGACCAGCCCCGCCUCCUGCCUAGAGUAUCUACUCAGUGAAAACCUGCUGGAUAAGCUUUAUGAAUGGGCUGUUUGUACUGGAAAGUAA